CCUGUCAUGGGAGAUUUCCCUGCUAAGCAAGAGGGGAGGAGAGAAGGGGCAGCAGCCGCUGAGCCAACCCCUGCAGGGUGUUGGGAGCACUGGGGGCAGGGAGGACAGGACAUUUUGGAAGCUAGAGCCAUCGUUUGCAGAGCUGGAGAAGAGACUCAGCGAUUUUUCUCUGAAAAGUGCCAUGCUGCAGGAGGUGGUGCUGAGAUUCAAAGAGACGCUGCGACGGGGGCUGGGGAGCGACACAGGCGGCAGAGUAACGCCCACCUUUGGCUCCUGAUUGUCCCAGCCUCCCACGGGACAGGGAAGGGAACUGGCUGGCUCUUGCUCUUUCAGGGGCCGGUGACCUUCGAGGAGGUGGCUGUGUAUUUCACCAGGGAAGAGUGGGCUCUGCUGGACCCCCAUCAGAGAGCCCUCUGCAGAGACGUCAUGCAGGAGAACGGUGAGAAUGUGACCUCGCUGGCAGGUGAUGCAAUGGUACGUGAGAAAGAGGAGCAGAAUUCUCUGCAGGAAAAUGUUGAGCAAGUGGAUAAACACAGAGAAUUAUUGCAAAGAUCAAAAAGGAAUGUGUCCAGGAGUCAUGAGCAGGGAAACUCCUGUGAGAGUCAGCACCGACCAGAAAAAGAGCAGGGAAACCAGCCAGGGGAGAAGGUGGGUAAAUUAAUUUCACGAGAAGGAACUCAGAAGGACCUCAAGGAAACCACAACACAGCAGGAAAUCCUUAUGGGAAAGAGCAAAAAUACAUGCACUGUGUGUGGGAAAAACUUACGUGACUAUUCAGCCCGUAAAGAGCAUCAUAGAAUCCACACAAGGGAGAAGCCCCAUGGAUGCAGUGAGUGUGGGAAAACCUUCAGCCGCAGCUCACACCUUAUUACCCAUCAGAGAAUCCACACAGGGGAGAGGCCCUAUGAAUGCAGUGAGUGUGGGAAAAAUUUCACUCACAGAUUCAGCCUUAUUAAUCAUCAGAGAAUCCACAUGGGGGAAAGGCCCUUUAAAUGCCAUGAGUGUGGAAAAUGCUUCAUUAACACCUCAACUCUUUCUAAACAUCAGAGAAUCCACACAGGGCAGAGGCCCUAUGAAUGUAGUGAGUGUGGGAAAAACUUCACUCACAGAUCAGGCCUUUCUGAACAUCAGAGAAUCCACACUGGGGAGAGGCCGUAUGAAUGCAAUGGGUGUGGGAAAACUUUCAAUCGGAGCUCAAACCUUAUUACUCAUCAGAGAAUCCACACAGGAGAGCGACCCUAUGAAUGCAGUGAGUGUGGGAAAACCUUCGCUUGGCACUCAGCCCAUGUUAGUCAUCAGAGAAUCUGCCAGGGAGCUCAACACCAUAAAAACCUCUAGGGCAGGGCUGCACAACUCAUAAAGCAGUGAGGGCCAUAUUACUCCAAAGAAAACAUCUGAAGGCUGAACUCCCCUCCCCGCUCAGCACCAACAGAACACCACCCCCACCAAAACACACACACACCCAGUGCUGCCUGCACUGUGGAAACAAACCCUCCUUCCCCAGUGCCACCCCGCUGAAACAGCUGUGGGCCAAAAAGGAAGAUUGGGGGGGAUACUUUAUUAAGAAUUUUUCAAUUAAA